GACAGAUAAAGGAAUUAAAGCUCAUCUAACACUUUCGCAACCAACUUGGAAAAAAAAAAAAAUUUAAAAUCGAAUCCCAAUAAUGUCUCUACAAAGCGCCUUCGACCAUCCUUUAUAGCGUAGAAAACAGUUGGAGUGAUUAGAACUUUUAUGUCCACUUGAAAGUAGUUAGAUUUUAUCGGAUCCCUUGUUUGUGUCUCUGAAUCUAUUCGCUUUAUUAGGUCCAUUUGAUAUCGAUUGCAUUCUCUUUAUUAGGUAACUGGUAAGAGAGAAUAUAUCUAAUAACUCUCGAUCUAAUUUCACCUCAUUGCCUUCUCAAUAUUCCAAAUUGACUGUAAUUGGAUUGCAUUUGAGUUGUAAGGAUUUAACCUCCUUUUAGAAUCUGAGUAUCAUAAGAUUCCAACUUUUUCGGAAAACUAAAAUCCUAUUUUCUGACAGGAACUGUUAGAUGUUCUGUCUACACCAAACUUAGUCAAACUUGUUUCAGAGAUGGCGGAUGCGGCUAAAGAUUUAGCUUCAGGGACUGUUGGAGGAGCAGCUCAGAUAAUCGUAGGUCAUCCAUUUGACACAAUCAAGGUCAAACUCCAGAGCCAACCGGCUCCAACACCUGGUCGACCACCACGGUACGCCGGUGCCUUCGAUGCGGUUAGACAGACCGUUGCUGCUGAAGGACCUAAAGGUUUAUACAAAGGUAUGGGAGCUCCGCUUGCAACCGUUGCUGCCUUAAAUGCAGUUUUGUUCACCGUGAGAGGUCAAAUGGAAGGGCUGCUAAGGUCCGAUCUUGGAGUUCCAUUGACCAUUAGUCAACAGUUUGUGUGCGGCUCAGGCGCUGGUUUUGCUGUCUCGUUCCUUGCUUGUCCUACAGAGCUGGUCAAAUGCAGGUUGCAAGCACAUGGUGCACUAGCCUGCGCCUCUACCACAAGCUCAGUCGUUGCAGCCGUGAAAUACGGUGGACCAAUGGACGUAGCCCGUCAUGUGCUACGAUCAGAAGGCGGAGCACGAGGGUUAUUCAAAGGUUUAUUCCCAACAUUUGCCCGAGAAAUCCCCGGAAACGCAACAAUGUUUGCCACCUACGAAGCGUUCAAGCGCUUCUUAGCCGGUGGUUCUGACACUUCAAGCUUAGGACAAGGAUCAUUGAUCAUGGCUGGUGGAGUUGCUGGUGCAUCCUUUUGGGGAAUUGUUUACCCGGCCGAUGUUGUGAAGAGUGUUCUUCAAGUAGAUGAUUAUAAGAACCCUAAGUACAGGGGUUCAAUGGAUGCUUUUAGGAAAAUUUUGAAAGCUGAAGGAGUUAAAGGUUUGUAUAAAGGGUUUGGUCCUGCCAUGGGUAGGAGUGUUUUUGCUAAUGCUGCUUGCUUCUUGGCAUAUGAGAAGACAAGGUCAAGCUUGGGGUAAAUCAGUUUGGUUUGGUUUUAACUUUUGGUUCGAUUUGUUGAAUGUUCCCAUUUAUUAAUCUUCUAAAUUUUUAGCAAA